AUGCUUGCGAUCCGCGGCAAAGACUUGUUUGUUGAAAUGACUGUAGGUCAGGUUGCAUGGCAUGGCAGUGCAGUCCCGCUGGUGGCUGGACGGGCUGCGGAGAUACAGCGGAAUGAAGGUCACUCGGUUGUAACGCAACAAAGGACAGCAAAGCGGAACAAAAAAAGUUUUGGCAUCUCCACGGAACUCAAUUUCCGGGCCAUUUCAUCUGCUUGUCAAACAUUUGACGUCCGACGCGACGCCUCUUCCGCGGGACCGUUUCUUGCACCGUUGCUCACCAAAGCUAGGCAUUGUGUCAGCAACUGUGGGAUCAAGACUACCAUCACACGAACGAACUUGGAACUAAUCAUCGCAGCGAUGCGUGAUGAAGUGCUCGCUGUGUUGGAUAAAGACUGCUGUCGCUAA